GUCACUUCAAAGUCAAAUCAAAGAAAAUAACCUCAAAUCGAACUCAAAAGUGAAAAUAUUACAUUAUUUUCUUGAAAAAAAAGGAAAUUAUCAACUUAAAUUAGUUGAAAUAUUGAUUUUUAUGUAACAGUGAUUACUCCAAAUACAACACAAUGAAUAUUGCUCGUAAAAUCUUCACAAAACCGUACCAGAAUGUCGGAAAGAAUGUGUACAGAAAAUUUAGAAUAUCUGCUUCAAAUUUGGACUCAUCCGCUACCGCACAGCCUCAAGUACAAGAUGAGAAGUUUGAUUUCGAAGACCUUAAAGUCUUAGAGCGAGUGGAGCGUCGUAAAGCAAAAAUCCCGCCAUUUAUGAAAGACGUUUUUGUAUCCAUAUAUAAUCGUGAUAUGCUCGCGUACCCAGAAAUCUUGAAUAAAGAAGAGUCUACAGCUUUGGACAACAGGGUCGCAGCGUUAGAAAAAGUCUUUUUGGACCCCAAAAAAAGUUACGAAAAUCGAAAAAACGCGUUGUUGAGAACUGGGAUGUACAGUGCUCCGUUAAGUCUAACUAAUAAUGGUUUAGCCAUGAAUUAUACUGAAAGCUUACGUUACUUGGAUGUUAUAUCGACAGAUUUGAAGCUGGGACAAGAAAUGAGUGACCAUUGGGUGGCAUUAAACGUCGUUAAACAGGGAUUAAGUUCCGACGAUUACCAGAAGUUAAUCGGAGAUCUGACGUCAGGAGACGUUACAAUUGACAUAUGUAUUAGAGAGAAGAUUCCAGAGAGAAUGAUGCAAGCUGAUUUCAGUACUAAUGCGACGUUAGAUUCUAAAGGUGUCUGGCAUAUAACUGGUGAGAAGAUAUGCCAGAACGCGACAGGUUACCUGCUAGUGCUGUGCUUAGUGGACGGUACAAGGUUCAAAGUCUUUCUGGUGCACCCCAAUGCAGUUGGAGUCAGUCAGUCGGACAACUUCGUCACAUUUCAUCAGACACCAGCUACCCCAUUAGACAAUAUCACACAGGAUGGUCUCUCUAAAGCAUUCGGUAUUGCAAGAUUAUAUACGGCGACUCUUUGUCGAAACAGAUUACUUGCUUCUAUGAACGCUUGCAUGGACUAUAUUCGCCACAGGUUCUUUUCCGGUAAACCGCUCAUGGAAAUACCUACAAUACGUGCGACGAUAGGUGACACAUUGCUUAAAAUAUACGCGAGCGAAAGCGCAGAGUAUUUCACCGCGGGCUUGCUCGACGGUUACUUGGAACCAGAUGUAGACCUGGAGCUUGCCAUGUGCAGGAAUUUCAUAGCAAAUCACGCGCAAAAUCAGCUGCUCAAGCUGCUAGCGAUACCAGGUGUGGAGAAGCAAGCGGAAUGCCUUCAGUUACUCGAGGACAUGAGGUCUCUAUCCUUGAAAGGCGAGACCAUUGAGAGCGUCAAUAUGUUUAUUGCACUUAAUGGCAUUCACCACGCGGGCAAAGAGAUGGCUAACGAGGUGAAGCAGAUACGAAAUCCGCUCUUCAAUCCGUCCUUCAUCAUCAAGAAGAUGUUACUGGACAGACAUCAGGAAAAAGAUGACCCAAAACUAACUCUGUACCUGGCAGAACAUCUGCAUCCAACUCUAAAAAAACCUUCAGAACAGCUGGAGUACUGUGUGCUGAGGAUGCGAUACGUUUGCGAGACCUUGAUGAGUAGGCACGGGAAAGAGGUCGUUGACGCUUACACAGAGCUUAUCAGACUGGCCGAGGCUGCUACAGAAAUAUUGGUCAUGACUGCAGUUUUGGCCCGAGCAUCCAGAGCGUACUGCAUCGGACUAAGAAACGGGGAAGUAGAAAUGAAAUUAGCGUCAGUUUUCGUCGAAAGCACCAAAGAUCGAGUGAAGAAGUUACUUCUAGAAGCGAACGAUGGGGAAUACUUGAACUUGGACUACUUUAGACUACAAUUCGGGAAGAAGGUUCUAGAAUCGAAUAGUCUUGUUGUUGAGAAACCUACCGCUCGAGUGUUUUGGUAGAAUAAACGUUAUGUAGAUAGUUA